GAGGCGGCGGCGGGGCGUCCGAUGGGCCGCGGCACGCCCGCCCGCACCGUGCCGCAGGUGCUGCCGGCGGCCCCCCCCGGCAGGACGCGGUUCUACGAGACGCAGGCGAUGGUGCUGGCGGAGUGGCGGCCGCUGCCGCCGGGCCAGGUCGGCGGCGCGCACGCAGGGGGUGGCGGCGAGGAGGAUUUCUCCGAAGGGGCCCCCCCUGCGCGUGACAGCCGGCAUCCCGGCGGCGCCCCGAGCAGCAGCGGCGGCGGGGGCGCCGCUCCACGGCCAGGGGGCGCGGCCUCUUCGUCCUCGAGCGACCUGGGCGUGCCCGCGCAGCAGCGAGGCGGGGGCGCCGCGGCGGCGGCAGCGGCGGCGGGCUCUGCUGCUGAGGGGAGCUGGGAUACGGCGGACUGGCAGAAGGUGUGCGCGCUGGCGCGGGCGCUGGAGAGCUACGAGGCGGGGCAGCUCGGCAUUGAGCAGCUGCGGGCAGUGCUCGCGCAGGCCCGCGAGGUGCGGGAGUGCCUCGGGCGGCUGGAGAGAAACGCGCUGGCCCGGCUGGGGCAGCAGUCCUGACGGCUGGCGGUUCAUUGCCAUACCUUGCGACGCGCCCAGCUAGUAUUCUCCCGUCCGUCCUCCUCGUCCCCGGUGCCGCUGCCCACCCAGGCGACGCAGGAUCCGCAGAAAGGGACCUGCACACCACCGCCAGGCUUGGCCAGGGCCAUCCUGGGCCCUGGCCUCGGCCCGAAGGGCGUCUUUUCAAUGCUCC